AUGUUCAAACAAUCUCUAGCUCGCCUACCCUGUCAGACCACAUUAACCCAAUCCGCACCGGGUAGCCGGCGAUAUCUCCAAAUCAAAAAGCAACACUCCCUACCAGCAGCAUACUACCGCGGCGGCACCUCUCGCGCAGUCUUCUUCAAACAACAAGACCUACCCCAAAAUAAAAAAGACUGGGCCCCCAUCUUCCGCAGUGUAAUCGGCAGUCCAGAUCCCCAUGGCCGCCAAUUAGACGGGCUAGGCGGUGGCCUAUCCAGCCUCUCCAAAGUCUGCGUAGUAGGUCCGUCGACGCACGCCGAGGCCGACGUCGAUUACACCUUCAUAUCACUCGGCAUCAAGAACACAGAUGUCGACUAUUCCAGUAACUGCGGGAACAUGAGUUCCGCCGUGGGUCCGUUCGCUGUUGAUGCGCGCCUGUUCCCCUUACAGGAUGCCAGCCCGGACUCAGCCUCGGUACGCAUCCACAACACCAAUACCGGCAAAAUCAUCCAUUCUUCUUUCCCUGUCGUCGAAGGCGAAGCCGCCUCCAGCGGCGACUUUGCUAUCGACGGUGUUGCUGGUACCGCGGCUCGCGUGCAGCUGGAUUUCAUCGACCCGGCCGGUUCGGUGACGGGGAAACUCCUGCCUACGGGUAACGUCACCGACACAUUCGACGGGAUUAGAGCGACCUGCAUCGACGUCGGGAACCCCUGUGUGUUUAUACAGGCGGCUGAUCUCGGCGUUGAAGGGAACUUGACUCCCGAUGAAAUCACAGCUCAUCCGGGUCUACUUCCGCGCUUGGAUUCCAUUCGUCGGCAGGCGGGUGUGAAAAUGGGAAUUGCGGAUGAGGUUUCAAAGGUGCCGGGUAGUGUGCCUAAGAUCUGUAUGGUGGCUGCUACUUCUACCACGAACGCACGGGAUAUCGAGCAGAAUCAGACGUCUGUGGAUGUUGAUCUGCUUGCUCGCGCGCUUUCUGUGGGACAGCCGCAUAAGGCGGUUCCUAUUACUGUUGCUCUGGCUCUUGCUGCUGCUGCUCGUGUGCCGCAGAGUACAGUGGCUGGGGUUGUGGAUAAAGAUCCGGUCGACAGGGCUGGUAUUACUAUUGGACAUGCCGGUGGGAAGCUGAUGGUUGGGGCCAAUUUUGAUGCCGAUGGAGCCUUGACUUCUGCUACGGUCUUUCGUACAGCACGUCGUUUGUUUGAAGGGCGUAUCUUUUGGAAGAAUGAUAACUGA